AUGCAACUAGCUAAGAACAAUGGGGGUUCUUUUGAAUGUCCGAUGAGAGACGGCACAACUAUUAAUGAAAGGGCAAUUACUGCGCUACCUGUAAAUAGUAGAGCCGAGGACAUGGUGGAGUACAUUGAGAAAAUGAGUCUAACCUCUCCAGAACAACAGCAAGUUCAAUGUGAUAAUUGCAGUGAUCAACUGGCCGUACAUUGGUGUGAAAAAUGUGGUACUAACUACUGCGACUCGUGCACACAGUUCAUUCAUUCUGCCAAGGCCUUAAAGGCUCACAUUGUUAUCCCACUGGCUCAGAAACCAAGGCUCUUCUUCUGUACUGCUCAUCCUGAUGCAAAAUACAGGUUUUGGUGUGAACAAUGCAAACUACCUGUCUGCCGUGACUGCCUCCUGAUGCAACACAAAAAUCAUCCUUAUGCCUCCAUAGAAGACGCUGCUGCCGGAGUCAGAGCACAACUUCAGUCCUCACUGCAAUGGCUUGAAAAGAAAGAAGAAAAACCUCGCCAGUUUCUAACAAAAAUCAACGGUCUCAUCGAAGAACAGAAAGAAUUGUAUCGGACUGAAGAAACUGACAUUGAAAAACUGUUUGCUGAGCUACGUAAAGCACUGGAAGAUCAACAGCGAUCGCUAACUGAUCAGUUGAAAACAACGGUAACAGAAAUUUUAUCCCAAUUGGAGAAACAUCAGAAACGUGUUAACGAAGAUCUGCGAAUGUUGGAAGUUCAAAAGCAUUACACAGCUCAGUUACGUGACACUAAAGAUGAUUUGGAACUACUACAGAAGACGAACCCGGAAAAAGAGACAAAGACUAUAAAUGAGAUAAACAGUGGUUUAACAGCAAAACAUAUCACACAAAUCACACAAGAAGAACUUCCUACUGUACAAAAGAGACUGGUGCUCGAUCCAGAGAAAUUGGAAAAGUUUAGAUGUGAACUGUUGUCGGUUGCACACGUAAAAGCGUACGUAUGUUGGAAUUUAUCUUCACCAACGGGUAAAGAAGAAAAGUGGAACAUGGCUUGUCUACGUGGCUAUCAGUUUCAGUUGAGAUCAAUAGUUAACUUAAGAUCUGUCCAAGUAAAAGCCAAUGUCGAGGGUCCACUUUUUGUCUAUGUAGUAGACGAACAUGGCAAAAUAAUUCGGAAAUCGAUCGGACAAGGCACCGGUUCAAUGUCCUGGAUAAAAGUUCCGACUGUCGCCGAACUGAAAACUGCGUAUGGUGUUUUCUUUGGCUCUGACAACGGAAUCUUUGCUGCUAGAUACGACGGCAGUUCAAAUGUUCGUACGGUUAAUCUCGAUUGUUCAGUGGAAAGUAAAUUUGUCGAUAGAAAUGGUGAGCAACGUACUGACACCGUCCUGUCUGGUGCUACUACGGUACCUUGGUCAUUAGAAAUGCAAAUCGAAAUUGAAACGUAG